GUCUCAGAGCCCAUUUGGAUGCGCUGAGAGAGCCGGGCGCAGCGCUGCAGUACAGUAUAUGGAAGUUGUGGGCUACAAGAAAGAGGCAGGCAGUUGCACGUUGCGUCCAGGACCGGGAGCCAUGCUUUUCCACGGGAUCUCCGGGGAUCACAUCCAAGGGAUCAUGGAGGAGAUGGAGAGAAGGUCGAAAACGGAGUCGCGCCUGGCGAAGGGCAUGCAGCUCAACGGGAGAGAGUCGACCAUGCCUUCUAUGAGCCCGGAGAAGCCUGCUCUGUGUGCCGGCUGUGGGGGCAAGAUUUCGGAUAGAUACUACCUCCUGGCCGUGGACAAGCAGUGGCACCUGCGGUGUCUCAAAUGCUGUGAAUGUAAACUAGCGCUGGAGUCGGAGCUAACGUGUUUUGCCAAGGAUGGGAGUAUCUAUUGCAAGGAUGAUUACUACAGAAGGUUCUCCGUGCAGAGGUGCGCGCGCUGCCACCUCGGGAUAUCGGCCUCGGAGAUGGUGAUGCGGGCGCGCGACUCCGUGUACCACCUGAGCUGCUUCACGUGCACCACUUGCAACAAGACGCUGACCACGGGCGACCACUUCGGCAUGAAGGACAGCCUGGUGUACUGCCGGCUCCACUUCGAGACGCUGGUGCAGGGACCGGACUACCACCAGCAGCUCAACUUCGCUGAGCUGGCAGCCAAGGGCGGCGGCCUCACCCUGCCCUACUUCAACGGCAACGGGACGGCACAGAAGGGAAGGCCGCGCAAGAGGAAGAGCCCGGCCAUGGGGAUAGAUAUACCGAGCUACAACUCCGGCUGUAACGAGAAUGACACCGACCACAUGGACCGGGACCAGCAGGCCUACGCUCCAACACAGAAGACCAAACGCAUGCGGACCUCCUUCAAGCACCAUCAGCUGCGGACAAUGAAAUCCUACUUUGCCAUCAACCACAACCCAGAUGCCAAGGACUUAAAGCAGCUGGCCCAGAAAACAGGCCUCACUAAGAGAGUUUUACAGGUUUGGUUCCAAAACGCAAGAGCCAAAUUCAGAAGGAACGUUUUGCGACAGGAGAAUGGAGGUGUUGAUAAGGCUGAUGGCACCUCACUCCCUGCACCCUCAUCUGACAGUGGGGCCCUGACCCCCCCCUCCAGCACGGCCACACUAACAGACCUGACAAACCCCUCUAUCACUGUAGUGACCUCCGUCACCUCUAGUUUGGACAGCCAUGAUUCGGGGAGCCCUUCACAAACUACCUUGACAAACCUUUUCUAACAAGCUAUCUUUAGCAGACUGAUUUUGUAUCUGAUUUUAUUUUAUUAUUAUUUUUAUUUUAUGUUCUUUUAUUUUCUUUCCUCAAUUUACAUUUUAUUUUUUUAAGUGACACCUUUAAA